AUGUUUGCGAUCAAGCUCAGCUUGGUGUUUUCAACGUUGCUGUCGGUGGGUUCCGGGCUAGCCUAUGUCACUUAUGGAACCAGUCCCAGGAAUGGACAGGCCCUGCCGGACUUAUUAUACGCGACAAUUGACGAUCUCCAAUCUGGUCUUGCGGCUGGCACGUUCACCAGUGUAGACCUUGUCAAGGCAUACGUGGCUCGUAUAGACGAGGUCAACCCUGUUUUGCAUGCGGUCAUCGAGACCAACCCCGAUGCUCUUGCGAUAGCAGCAUCUCUAGACGCUGAAAGAACGGAUGGAUCCACCAGAGGAAUGUUGCAUGGCAUCCCGAUAUGCAUCAAGGACAACAUCGCGACACUUGAUAAGAUGAAUAACACCGCCGGCUCCUUUGCCCUGCUUGGUGCGAUUCCGCCGAGCGAUUCUACGGUUGCGGCGAAGCUCAAAGCGGCCGGUGCAAUCAUCAUCGGGAAGUGCAAUCUCUCUCAAUGGGCCAAUUAUCGCUCGUCGAACUCGACGAAUGGAUGGACGUCUCGUGGCGGCCAGACUAUGGGUGCCUACUACCCGAUGCAAGACCCAUCUGGAUCCAGCAGUGGUCCUGGGGUCGUCUCGUCCAUCGGUUUGGCCGCUGCUGCUGUGGGGACAGAGACAUCUGGCUCUAUCAUCUCUCCUUCAAGCAGAAAUAGUUUAACUGGAAUCAAGCCUUCUGUCGGGUUGACCAGCAGAUACCUCGUUGUCCCGAUCUCGCAGACUCAGGACACUAUUGGUCCCUUGACCCGAACAAUGAUGGAUGCAGCAUACAUCCUGUCCGUGAUUGCAGGCGAAGACUCCCACGACAACUAUACAUCUGCUAUCCCAUUCGAAACUAUCCCUGAUUAUGCAGCCGAGUGCACUAGCGAAGGCCUACAAAAUGCAAAGAUUGGCAUCCCGCGCAACGCCAUAACGGUGUCUAAAACCAAUGGUCCAGAAAUCACAGCAUUUAAUGCAUCCAUCGACAUUUUCAAGAAACUUGGUGCUACGAUAGUGGAUAAUGCUGAUUUUCCAGACCUCGCUGGAUACUUGAACUUUACUGGGGCGGGUUACACCACGGAUCCGGUCGUCGGUGCUGACUUUGUCUUUGACGUCGCAAACUACUUCAACGAAAUGACGACCAACCCCAACCAUAUUGUAAACCUCCAACAGCUCAUAAACUUCACGGAGACAUAUCCUCCAGAGGACUACCCUGAUCGCAACAUUGCAACAUGGCUUGGUGCUGCGAGUCUUAAUAUCACCAUGGGAGAUGCUGAUUAUUAUACUGCGCUGCUUGAACAAUAUUAUUAUGGAUCCAAUGCCACAAUCCUUGGUGCUUUGGAAACGUAUGAUCUUGAUGCCCUAAUCAUUCCAAGCUCGAUGUCACCAGGAUAUGCAGCCAUCGCUGGGUACCCCAUUGUCACAGUCCCGCUUGGUUACUACCCCGCAACUACGAACGUUACCUAUAACUCACGUGGCACGCUGGUGGAGCUAGGGCCGAACUUCCCCUUUGGUUUGUCGUUCUAUGGUAGGCGGUUCAGCGAGGCCACCCUUGUCAAGUAUGCUUGUGCGUUCGAAGCUGCUACCAACUACCGCCAACUGCGGGACCCUUACAUCAUCCCCAACAUUCAGCUCGUCGACGUGAUGUAA